GUACCAGCUGCGUGCCGGGUUCGACGGUUUACAGGAAAGGACCACGAAGGAUGAACGGGAUUGUUGUACUAAAAACAUUAGUAAUGUUGCUAGUACUCAUGAAGGCUAACCACGCGUUCAAAAUCCCAAGCCAGGACGUGAUAGCCAACGCAAUCGGCAAUGCAGCGCUACAACAAGCAGGCAGCCAACUCAUUGGUAACUUCAUGAAAAAAGUGACUGGAACCUCUGGCACACCGGAAGCUGCUACUGGAGGGCCCCAACCAGCAGGAGGCAAUUUUCUGACCACGCUAGCACGAAAUGCGGCUGGAAACUUCGUCACACCAGGAUCUGGCAGUGGAGGUGGCGGAGUACUCAAUACAGUAUUGAAUAGCGUGACCAGAAGCUUGGGUGCUCCCGGUACCGGCUCUACUGCUGCAUUUCCUGGAAGUGGCGGAGUACUCAAUACAGUAUUGAAUGGCGUGACCAGAAGCUUGGGUGCUCCCAGUACCGGCUCUACUGCUGGAUUUCCUGGAAGUGGUGCAAUUGUCAACAAUAUUGUCGGAGGAGCUGCCGGAAACACUGGUGGACUUGACUAUGCUUCCACAGGUCGUGCAAUUCUCAACAAUAUCCUCCGUGGAGCUGGCGGAAACACUGCCGGACCCGGUUCUGGUUCCUCGGGUGGCGGGAUCCUUGAUCCAUACUUGAGGGGUCCAAACGCAGGGUCAACCUCGCCCAGCUCCAGUUACGCUGGUGGAACUAGUGGAGGGAAUGGAUUUCUCAACGGCCUGAUGCACAGUGUGAGUUCAAGCCUUGGCGCCUCUAGCUCAAAUCCUGCGGGUGGCGGAUUUGUGGGAAAACUCGUAAAGCAGGUGGCAGGUGCCGCUUUCGGCUCUCCUAGUGCUGGCACGGCAGGGAGCGGAAAAAGAGGCUUCAAUAUACUCUGAAGAUUGCCACUGCUCUCCCUCCUGCAGCAGCUUCGGCGUAUUCUGGAGCCACGAUAAAACCAUCUACAGCCUGUUCGCGUGGUUCAAUAAAAUGGGACAGCCUUAGCAACGAU